AUGUCCCUCCCUCCGGAACUCGAUCGGCCGCUCGACGUCCUCCUCAUCGACAACUUCGACUCCUUCACCUGGAAUCUCUACCAGUCGCUCUGUCUCCUCGGCGCAGAUGUGACCGUCAUUCGCAACGACGCCAUCACCCCCGACGCCCUUCCCAGCCUGCAAAUCCGCUCUCUCAUCAUCUCCCCGGGCCCAGGCCACCCCUCCACCGACUCGGGCAUCUCCCGCGACGCCAUCCGAUUCUUCACCGGCAAGGUCCCCGUCCUCGGCGUGUGCAUGGGCCUGGAGUGUUUGGUCGAUGUCUUUGGCGGGCAGAUCGCGUACGCCGGCGAGAUCAUGCACGGCAAGGUCUCCCAGAUCCGGCACGACGGCCGCGGCGUGUUCGCGGGCCUGCCGCAGCUCAUCAAGUCCACGCGCUACCACUCCCUCUCCGCGAGCACGUCCUCGCUCCCGCCGACGCUCGCGGUGACCGCGACGACGCAGGAGAGCGGCGUGAUCAUGGGCGUGCGCCACCGCGAGUACACGAUGGAGGCCGUGCAGUACCACCCGGAGAGCAUCCUGUCGGAGGGCGGCGACGCGCUGCUGCGCAACUUCCUGCGCCUGCGCGGCGGGUCGUGGGCGGAGAACUCGGCGUUUGGGGUCGCAAAGGUGCCGACGAUCCUGGAGAAGAUCUACGCGCAGCGGAUGCGCGACGUGGAGGCGGCGAAGCUCGUGCCGGGGACGACGGCCGCGGACCUGCAGACGCUGCUCGACCUGUCGCUCGCGCGGCCGCUGACGUCGUUCGUCGACGCACUCACGGCGGGGCCGGGCGCGCCCGCGCUGAUGGCGGAGAUCAAGCGGGCGUCGCCGUCCAAGGGCGCGAUCGCACUGGGCACGAACGCGGCGCAGCAGGCGCUGACAUACGCGCUGGCGGGCGCACGCGUGAUCUCGGUGCUCACGGAGCCGACGUGGUUCAAGGGCACGCUGGCGGACAUGCGGGCGGCGCGCGAGGCGGUGGACGCGCUGCCGCGGCGGCCGGCGAUCCUGCGCAAGGACUUCAUCUUCGACGAGUACCAGGUGCUGGAGGCGCGCGUGCACGGCGCGGACACGGUGCUGCUGAUCGACGCGGUCGUACACUGA